CCACCUGUCCACGUGUCAUCUGUGCUUAUAAGUCCGUCAAUUAUCUCCCGUCAUGGAAUAUAACAUCCUUAUCACCGGUGGCUCAGGCUACCUGGGAGGCACACUUUUGAACCAGUUAAAAAGCGCAGACCUCCCCAAAUACCACAAACUGUUUGCAUCCGUGAGAACCUCCGCCCAGGCCGAGGCCGUGAAGCAGUACUCCGCCGAACCCCUGCAGUUUGAUAUGCAGGACGAAACCAGCGUGCGCAACGCCAUCUUGCAAAACAGAAUAAAUGUUGUCUUCUUUCUCGUCGACGCAAUCAGCUCGAGUACUCAAGAGUCCUUUAUCAAGGCGUUGGCGGAACUGGGCAAGACAACUGGACAGGAUGUGCAUUUUCUUCAUGCAAGUCCUCCUCCUUGCACCAGUGGAGCGAAGGCGUUUUCUAACCAUGCUGGAGCUCCGAUUGAUCGUCUUCUUUUCGACGAGGACCCCAACUUAUACGAGAUUCAGAAGUCUCAGCGGUCCUCGCUCCCGAUGAUGCAGAAGGGCGUGGAAACAAACAAUCGGAUCAUAGAGCUGAGCGAAUCUCUCGGUGUGAAAAGUUACAUAUUCUCCCCCUGCGUGGUUUAUGGUAAAGGAGAAGGAUUCGGGAACAAGUUGUCGAUCCAAACAGCUGCUAUCGUGAGAGCAGCCAAAGCAACUGGGAGAGUGUACAAUCUGAAUGAAAGAGACGACUGGGCUUGGCCGGUCUGCCAUUUGCUUGACAACACCAUGUUGUAUGUCGAGAUACUGCGGAAGAUACUGUCAUCCGAGGAGAUCCCCCACGGUCGAAAUGGUUACUACCUCCCGUCAAGUGGGCGGGUUGCAUGGAAAGACGUUUACGCAUCCAUUGCCACUGCUCUUUUCAAAAGAGGUCUCCUCGAGGAUAGUGCUGUUCAUCCGGUCGACGAAGACAUUCUAGGUGAUAUGGCUACUGCGCUUGACUCACCGAAAGAAAUGGUCGCGGUCCAAAUUGGUGGCGAGUAUGUGAAUCCCUUUCUCAGGUCCAAGGGCAACAAGAGUAACGUGUCUUCGCGCAGAUGUCUUUUGGAAGCAAGAAAUGGCCUCAAAAUUGGCUGGAAGCCGGUGUUCCCUCCUGAGCAUUUUCUCGAUGUCCUCGAUCAAGAAGUCGAUCUCAUUCUUUCAGACGAUGCUCAAAAGUCUCGCUGAGAUGUCUCGCAGAAAACCACGCGUGGUUGUCCUCAAUUAAGAAGAUGAUCUUUGAACUGGCAAUUGGCAGGAAUCCUAAUCCUCAUGGUGUGUAUGUUACGGUCGAAAGGGAUAUGUGUGUUUGUCGUCUUAAUCUUUCUCCUGAAGUCUAUUGCACACCACGCAAGCUAUACAUCACACUGCCAUUGUUAGGGAAACAGCUCCUCUGAAGACACAUAUGUGACAUGUCUAAAUAAGAUUCAUUU